CCAGCCUCACCUAGACUUUAGGUUAUUAUUAACUGGCAAAUGCACACUCUGUAUCACGUCCAUCCCUCGAUGUGUUGAGCCCUGCCACCUCUUGACAGUGACGCUGAUAAAUGACAUAAUAUCUGGAGAUACACCCAUCGCUCCUCCCUUUAAUACGAUCAAUAGGCCUUCUACAGUCAAAACAUAGGGAGCGAUGAUCGUAGAUACUACCAACUUACAGUAUACACACGAUCUACUCCUCCCAGUAUAGCCAUCCACAUGAAUCCAUCAGAACCAUGCUCCGACACAAACCAACCCGCAUAUCCCUCGACGAAACGGACGUCCACUUCCACCUCUCCCACAUCUACGCCCGCCAUCCAGAGUACUACUACUACUACGAAGGCGACGACGACAUGGACGACCAGCUGUCCUUGCACUCAGAUACCCCGUCGUCCUCUGUUCCCACCCAUAUAUCGGAGUCGAUCUGUGACGGGGAGGGUGUCGCGCCUGCUGGCCAGAACCCAUAUCCCGGUCUGAGAUAUAACACCACUGCUGAUAUCGUCUUGUCGUCUCGUUCGAGCUCUUUGGUUCCCAAUCCUGGUUCGGAUAUGAGUGAGAUAGGUGCUUCUACUUGCGCGAGACGGGCUUACCAGGUGUCUGGUUCUGUUGAUGAAGAAGGUAGUUCCUCCGAGGAAAAUAGUUCCUUUACCGGCAGUGACAGUGACGAUGAAAUCGCAAUUAAACCUCUGAAAUGGAGUGGUGCCUCCAGGUCGCCGUGGGUGACAGCUCGUUACGCGAAGAACAAACAUUGUUCACUUCCACCAGACCAUUCAUGUCCCAUUCGCCCAGCCGCACAAUCAGCCAGUCCUCGACUUCACACUGCCCUAUUCAGCACAGUGUAUGAUAGAGUCCUGAGAUUUCUUCCUACCCAGCAGGAUCUCUUUCAUCCCCUUAAACCUCUGCUGUACUCACCCCUCCCACAAGAUCUUUGUGAAUCUGUUGCCCCAUCCAAGGCAGUUACCACAGGUGAUAACUGCCAAACUCAGAUAAACAAUACAGGUACAGAGCACCAUAGUUUGUUCGUCUGCAUUGUUAUGGUUGAUACUGACAAGCCAGAAUCCCCCACACAAACCUGCCUCAGACUCAACAGAGAUAUUGAAGAGCUGUGUACAAACACCACCUGCGAUACCGACAACCACUCCACGGGUGGUUUGAUUGUGCACUUGACCAAUCUCAUCGACCUCGCUCUGAGCUCCCUCCCAGGCGACACCGUCUCCCAAGCGAAAAGAAUGGCCAAGAGAGGCCGUGCCAGAAACAAGCAGAUCAAGGCCGGUGUGCGAGAGACGCCCCCAGGUAUUGUCAGUAUGGAUGUAGAAGACGGUAACAACCCGGUGUGGGAUAUCAAUGCGAAUGCAAACCUGCCCCAUGCCGAGGAGGUAAGCACCGGAAUCCCAACAUAAUGGAAACCGACUAUUGACCGUCUCCAUUUGCAUAGAGAAAAGAAAACGCACACAUGGAAGCAAAGAUCCCCGCCCACAGACGCUGCGACUUUUCUUCCGCCGUGCUGCGUGAGACCAACGAGCCUCCGCGCCCCUAUGACCGCAGCAUCCUCGACAUCGACCUCCCGAAGCGUCCGUCCCGAGAUCAAAGCGGUGGUGAGUCUCUUUACCGUCCCCGACGUGCAUACUUCACUGACCGAAAGACCCUGCAGAACCACGGUCUCGUCCACCCCAUCCUGAUGGACGCAUACCACUUCCACAGCUACGUCAACGACUUCAUCACUGAAGUGCAAGGCGGUCGCGUCGACGACAUCGCCGAACUCGGCCUGAGAGACCUGGAGCCGUUCAAGGUCCCAGGCCACGAAUUGCAGACUGUCCCCAAAGUGGAAAGCGGUGGCGUCGAAAAUGACGAAUUGGAUUAUUGACGAUUGAUUGAUUGAUUGAUUGAUUAAUCGCGAACGGAGAAGAGUUAGUUACUUUGUU